UGUAAGCAGAAUAGUUUUGCAAACGAUAUGGAAGAUAUCUAAACGCCGGGCGUCUCAAACGAAUUGAUGAACGAAGCAAGACGCGCCGUAAGGGAGGAUCAGUCCCAAGACAUCAUGAAGCAGGGAGUUCUACUGGCCCUCGCCAACUUGAUCACUUCCUACGCAUCUUUCCUAGCGGCUGCUACAGGGGCGAAAGCGUCCACGAGGCAACGGACGCAGAGCAACAAUCACAGCAACAUCAGCGAGCUGCUGGACAAUCUGCUUCGCGGUUACGACAACAGCGUUAGACCAGACUUCGGUGGUCCGCCGGCCACGGUUGAGGUCGACAUCAUGGUGCGCAGUAUGGGUCCGAUUUCCGAAGUCGAUAUGACUUACUCGAUGGACUGUUACUUCCGGCAGUCAUGGGUGGAUCGACGUUUGGCUUUUCAAGGUGGCAAAGAAACUCUAGCGCUCAGUAUAUCGAUGCUGGCGAGAAUCUGGAAGCCGGAUACCUACUUCUACAACGGGAAGCACAGUUACUUGCACACUAUAACCAGUCCGAAUAAGUUCGUCAGACUCUACCAAGACGGCAGAGUGCUGUACAGUUCAAGGCUUACGAUCAAAGCAGGAUGUCCAAUGAACCUUGAAAAUUUCCCGAUGGAUACGCAGCGGUGUCCACUACAAUUCGGCAGCUUCGGUUACACGAAGCGAGACGUGAUCUACAAGUGGAACAGCGCGCGACAAGUAGCAAUCGCAGAAGACAUGAAAUUAUCCCAAUUCGAUUUAGUUGCCAAUCCAACUGCAAAUUAUUCUUCAGCGACAACCCUCUCACACGCCGAUUACUCGAUGCUGUUGGUGUAUUUUCAUCUACAAAGGCACAUGGGUAAUUUUCUUAUACAAGUAUACGGGCCCUGUGUUUUGCUAGUUGUUCUAUCCUGGGUCUCUUUCUGGUUAAAUCGAGAAGCCACUGCAGAUCGUGUAUCGCUAGGUAUAACGACCGUGCUAACGAUGACGUUUUUGGGAUUGGAGGCGCGCACCGAUCUGCCGAAAGUUCCUUACCCCACUGCCCUGGACUUCUUUGUUUUCCUCUCGUUCGCCUUCAUUUUCGCCACGAUAAUACAAUUCGCGGUGGUCCACUAUUUCACCAAGUACGGUUCCGGCGAGUGUUAUUUCAGCUCUGACUUGAGCGAAAGCGAGAGUUCCAGCGACGAGGAGGAAGUGGGUACGCGCCCGUUGAAGAAAGAACCGACACCAAAGAAAACUCCUGGGAAUCUAACAACUCGAGGACAUCCUAGUCGUAACUUCACAAUGAACGAGGACGGUAUGAUCGAGGUGAUCCCGUUGUCAGCGAUUCCAGAACCGAGUAGAGAUCCCACGGUGAGUCACUGGCAGAUGUCUUGCGUGGCCUGUAGCCCACCUCCUGGUCAGGCUCCUCCGAGCAGGAAAGGAUCAGGUCGAAGACGACGUAGACGGACGCCUAGGUACAAUUCCGUGUCGAAGAUCGAUCGAGCAAGCCGCAUCGUGUUCCCCGUGUUCUUCAUGGCGAUCAACGUGUUCUACUGGUUCGCCUAUCUGUCCAGGAGCGAGCGUAUCAAUUACUACAACGUGAAAUCGAACGGCACGUGAGACCGGUCGCUUGGUGUAACAUUG